GUCACUCAUUCCCAAACCAGUCCUCUCGUCGGUCCUCAGUCAACCGGCAAGGCUCAACCAAACCGGUAGAAAACGGCGCGUUUCCUCUCGGUUUGUUUACUUACAUUUGCGUAAUGAACAAUUUAAUCACGAGUGGAUGUGGAUUAAUAAUCUUGCUAACAAUUUUCGCUUUUGAUGCGGAUGCGGUAACCGAGAACAUUGGAAAAUGUUGCGGCGUUGGAGAAAUUCUGCACGAAUAUUACAAUGGGAGUUUCUCUUGCCUCAAAGACAACGUCAAAAGACAAAGUGUUAAUUUACCUUUAACGGACGUCAUUAAGGAUGAGCCGGCAGGGAAGUGUCUCGAAUUAUUCAGUUCGAAAUUUUUCGAAAUCGAAUUCUCCAACGGGACGAUUACCGGAAAAACGUGGGUAAACGAGACGGUUUUUCGUAAAUGUUGCCCAUUAGGUUACGUUUACAAUACCGUUAAACAUUCCUGCGAUCUAAAAAAUGAUUUGGAAUAUUCGUUCGUUGACCAACCAUUAAUUAAAGUCGGUCUGCCCGAAUGCCACAUAAUUGUGGACGAGCUCCGGAUCUCUUUGGAUAAUGACAAUUCGUCCCUUCCGGAAGGCGAUUAUUGCGAGGACGAAACUUCCGGUGGAUUCGUGAGAAGGAAAUGCGUUGAUAAAUCCGUAUGCGACGAAAUUAGAUGCGUAAAAAAAUGCUGUCCUGAUGGUAAAAGUUUUAUAAAUGGAUCUCAUUGUUUCGAUACUUACGAAUAUGGGCUAAACUUAAGUUCAACCACGAAGAUCGAAAACCCUACAGAAUCUUUUGCGAUAAUUCACAAUAAUACCCGUUGUAAAGGAAUUUUCUACGUACUCAAGGAAUCUCGUUACCAAUUCAACUUGUUAAAAGAUGGACGUUUUCAAUAUUGGUAUAAUGAUAGCCAGUCUUACAAACAGGAGACUCCGACUCAAGAAGGUCCAGGGUACUGUAUGGAAUAUUCCAAGAAAAAAGGAUCCACAGGGUACUUUUUUUUCAGUUGCAUGGAAGUGCCUCCGAAGUACGGAAUUACCAAAUACCCGAAAAUACUGUCGUGCAUUUUCUUGGCUCUGACCAUAAUUAUCUACCUGUUUUUGUCGCAAAUCAAAAAGCUAUUCGGAAAAAUUUUAAUUAAUUAUUGCGUUUCAACGUUUAUGAUGUUUGCACUUUUAAUCUACGGCCAGUUUAGCGUUAAUGCCAAGGAUGAUCAAUGUGUAAUUGUUGGAUUUGGAAUUGUAUUCGUAGCGACGGUAUCGUUUGCGUGGUUAAAUGUUAUGUGCAUUGACAUAUGGCUAACAUUUGGAUCGACAAAACAUUCAAUGGGAGUUUAUCAACGAAGAAAAGAAUUAAAGAAGUUGUUGAUUUACACAGCUUACGGUUGGGGAAUGCCUCUAUUGCUAACUAUUCUAAUUUACGUUUUGAGCAUUACCGAGUCUCUCUCCGAUACAAUCCGUCCAUAUGUUGGAACAAAGACAUGCUUUCUCGAAAAGAGGACCGGGAAUUACGCUCAGUUGAUUUUUCUGCGUUUGCCACAUCUUCUGAUCCAAUUAACCAACGCCUUCCUAUUCUUAAAAACGAUUUUGUACUGCUUAAGAAUUAAAAAUGAAAUCGAACGAAUCAAUGAUAACAAAGAUGAGAAAAAGGCUAAAUUUAAUAAGGACAAAGAGAAGUUGUUUUUAAUUCUUAAACUAGCCGUUAUCAUGGGAAUAUCCUUCAUUGUGGACACGAUAACAUCGUUCGUUGACUUGAACAGUCUCGGGACGUUUUGGAGCAACGUUGAAAUCGUCAUAGAUUUCAUUAAUUGUUUGCAAGGAGUUUACAUAUUCAUCAUUUUCAUUUGUAAGAAGUCUAUGUACAGGGAGUUUUUAAAAAAACUCCGAAUAAAAAUGAGGGAUGCGUACAUGAAUAACACGAACGAUUCUUUCACGUCUACAACUCGAAUGAGCCUGAAACACGUCGGUGACUCCUCUACGGUUAGGUAAUUCUGGUAAAAAAAUGUGUUGCGAUAAAUAUUAUUUGUUACCUUACUUAAAAAACUGUACAGCUUCGAGUAUUUAGCAUGGAAGAGCAGAUGAUAUAUUUAAAAAAGGAUCAGUCCAGUACUGAACACAUAUUUCGACACUUUUUAAUAACGAAUUUUGUCUAAACAGAAAAAAUAUAGGAAAUGCCUUCAUACACACGUAUAAAUGUAAUGUAGGAUUUUUGGAAAUUAUGUGCCUAUAAUAUAAAUUGCUUUUUUCAAGAGAAUUCCAGAGUGAUAACAAAUGUUGCCUUAAGUAAAAAAAACGCUGUACCGAUUGUUAAAUUGUUUGGUGCACCUGAUUAGAUACAGAGACGUACUUGAGUUGAGUCAGAAAAUGAUUGUGUGAUUGUUUCUUUUGUUUGCAAGAUGCAAAUUCUCACUUAAUUUUUUCUAAGAUCCGGAACCAUUCGAAAGUUAACAACCGGUAUACGCACUUAUAGUACUUAUAUGGAUCUAUACAUUCGAGCUUGGAGACAUUCUUGUAGUCCGAUUCCGCAUUAGCUUACAAACUGUAAGCCGAGGAAUCUGUAAGAUAUUUUUGAUGUUUUUAAUUGUUGCAGGAUCAACCACUAUAUAUUUUUAUUAUUUAUAAUUAAAUAAAUAGCUCUUUAUUAUUAACUUAUUUUUCAGUA